UGUGAUUAUGUGAAGGUAGGGGUAUCGAUUUUUAUAAUUCACUCUUUUGGGUGUUAAUAGCCUGUCCCCCAUCCAUUUCCCUCACACACUGCUUUUCGUCUCUCUCAUCAAACCUUCAUUCAAGACUAGUUCCAAUCCUGUUCGCCUUUCGAUCGUCACAACAACAACACAAAUCGUUGCUUUAUUGUUUGAUUUCGUUUGAUUUUGUCAAAUUGCAGGGUUUUUCUGAAUCCAUCGACUCCCUAAUCGGCUGAUUUUCAUCUUGUUUUUAACUAUUCGUUUACAAAAAAAUCAAAUACCCGACGCGGUUUUGUGUUAGAUUUAUCUCUUACAGAAAAAAUGAAUCAAAAUCAAUCUCAUUGACUUAUAAAUUUGUCGACAAAUCGUUGCUUUCGUGAUUCGGUUUUAUUGGAGAGAUCGAAGGAUUUGUAACUUAGGGUUUUAGUGAAGAUGUUGGGCGCUGGAUUGCAGUUUGGACGUAGUCGUGGCGGAGAGGAUAGGUUUUACAAUCCGGCGAAAGCGAGAAGGAAUCGUCAGAAUCAAGAGAACAUCCGUAGAGCUCAAAGUGACGUUAGUCCGACCCAAUCUACGACAUCAUCUGGCAGGGAGGAGCCGGAGAAUCGACUCAUACAGCCAUCGAAGCCGGUGCCGUUGGAAUCCUCAGUGGCGGCGGUGCCGGCAUCUUCACCGUUGUGUAAUCUUGAACGGUUUUUAGACUCUGUUACGCCUUCUGUUCCUGCUCAACAUCCCUCUAAGCAGAGAACUAUGAGAGGAUGGAGGACAAGUGAUGUGGAAUAUCAACCAUACUUUGUUCUUGGUGAUUUGUGGGAAUCUUUUAAGGAGUGGAGUGCUUAUGGUGCUGGAGUUCCUUUGAUAUUGAAUGAAGCUGAUAGUGUGAUCCAGUAUUAUGUGCCUUAUCUAUCUGGAAUUCAAAUAUACACAGACCCUUUGAAGUCUUCAAUAAAAUCCAGGCAACCAACUGAGGAUAGUGAUGAUAACUCAUUUAGGGAUUCAAGUAGUGAUGGGAGCAGUGAUUAUGAACAUGAAAGGGGCUCUUUACAUUAUCUAAGGGAGAAGAGUAAUAAUCAUCACCCAAAGAAUGACAUUCUUCAUCGAAUGGAUCAUUUGUCAAUGAAUGAUCAACACAAUGUACUUCAAGAAGGCUUUUCUAGCGAUGAUAGUGAUUCUGCCACCACUCAAAGCAGCUUGUUAUUUCAGUACAUGGAACAGAAUCAGCCUUGGGGCAGAGAACCUUUGACUGAUAAGAUACUUGAUCUUGCUCGAUGCUUCCCUGAAUUAAAAAGUCUAAGAAGUUGUGACUUGCUGCCAUCUAGUUGGCUGUCUGUUGCUUGGUACCCAAUAUACAGAAUUCCCAUGGGGCCCACGUUGAAAGAUCUUGAUGCUUGUUUUCUAACUUUUCAUUCUCUUCACACUCCUACAACAGGCAAUGAAUGUGAGCAUCCACCUGUUGUAAGCCAUUCCAACGGGACAGAUUCCAUUCCGAUUCCGGUGGUUUCAUUACCGGUGUUCGGUCUUGCUUCAUACAAAUUCAAGGCACCACUGUCAACCAUCCGGAUUAUCUUUUCUUUUCACGGAGAUGAUAUCAUAUCAUCAUAA